UGGCUAUUAACAACGCACAAAACAAAAUAAUUGGUAGGGUUAGUAGGGUGGGUAAAGAAAACUGCAUUUUUUAUCCAUGUGUUAUUGUUUAUCCAGAAAGGUACCUAACUGUGAAAUUUGAAUCCCGAAAACAAACAAACGCGUACGUUACAUGUCGUACAGUAACAUCUGGCAGUUACAGUAAAGCGUGAAGAAAAAACAUAAAAAUCCCAAGCCCUCCUCCUUCCGGUUCCUGAUCUUUUUCUUCUUUCCCUCCUGAUUGGAAAUAGAAUCAGAAUUGCAGAGCAGUGGUGGUGGUGGUGGUGGUGGUAGUAGGAGUGAAUCGAAGAUAAUGUUCUCAAGCCCAUUCGUGUUAACCUUGUCUCUCUUGAUAUCCCUACCAAUCCUGUUCUUGGUGGCCCCACGCAUCCUCCCUCCUCCUCCUCCUCCUCAGUCCUUCCACAUCUCCCCCUCCGACGAAGUCGAUGACAUCAAGCUCUUCAACCGCGCCAUCUCCCUUUCCUCCCCCCAUUCCCACUUCCACCUCUCCUCCAAAAACCCCUCUCUUAAAAUCGCCUUUCUCUUCCUCACUAACUCCGAUCUCCACUUCUCCUCCUUAUGGGACCAGUUCUUCUCCAACACCCCCUCCAACCUCUUCAACAUCUACAUCCACGCCGACCCCUCCGUCAACCUCACCCGCCCUUUGUCCCCUCUUUUCAUCAACAAAUUCAUCUCCUCCAAACGCACCUUCCGCUCCUCCCCUACCCUAAUCUCCGCCACCCGCCGCCUCCUCGCCACCGCCCUCCUCGACGACCCCUCCAACGCCUACUUCGCCCUCCUCUCCCAGCACUGCAUCCCUCUCCACUCCUUCUCCUACACCUACAAGUCCCUCUUCCUCUCCCCCACCUUCGACUCCCAAGACCCCGAAUCUUCUUCUUCCACCCGCUUCGGCCUCCGCCUCAAAUACAAGUCCUUCGUCGAGAUCCUCUCCCACGCUCCCAAGCUCUGGAAGCGCUACACCUCCCGGGGUCGCUACGCCAUGAUGCCGGAGAUCCCCUUCGAAGCUUUCCGCGUGGGCUCUCAGUUCUUCACGCUCACGCGCCGCCACGCGCUGGUCGUCGUCAAGGAUAGGACCCUGUGGCAGAAAUUCAAGAUCCCGUGUUACCGUGACGAUGAAUGCUACCCUGAGGAGCAUUAUUUUCCGACCCUGUUGUCCAUGGCGGAUCCUGAUGGCUGCACCAAAUACACGCUCACCAGGGUUAAUUGGACCGGCACCGUCAACGGUCAUCCUUACACUUACCGGCCCACGGAGGUCUCGCCGGAACUCAUUCUCCGCCUCCGGAAGUCCAACCAUUCCGAGUCUUACCUCUUCGCCAGGAAAUUCACCCCGGAUUGCUUGGAGCCCUUGAUGCGCAUUGCCAAAUCGGUCAUCUUCAGGGAUUGAAAUUGAAAACAUGUUGAGAUAACUUUGUUCCAUCAAAUUUUAUUCUAGCAGGUGGAAAAGGCCUGUGAAGAGCUUGCUGUUGCUGUGGCUGUAGCUUGAUGGUGGUGUAUAGUUUGAAGAGGCAGGAACAGCCCACAUCCUAUAUACAUACCGGGAACUCUCAAAUUGAGAGACUUGGGAUUACACAAAUUGAGGGAAUUCAAAGCAAAGAAAUAGGUAAAACACCUGCGUGAGUUGAAAUGGAAAUGCGGGUGCUCUAUUCAAGUGUAUUUAGUUGGGAUGCAAGUGCUAAGUAAUUGCCUAUUUGUCAUACAGGAUUAUGUAGAUUUCUUUCCUUUUGUGGGAUGGUUUUUGUACAUACGAGUUGUGUAAACAUUGUUUGAAAGCUCUACAGUGUUACUACUUUUGAACAACAAAAAAAAGAGUUGUUGUCUAAACGUGACGCAACAGGGACUGUAAUUAUAAAAGGCAAAAAAGAAACAAUCUUUCAACAUUUGGCUAAUUGCUUCUCCAUUCGAAUUGAUCCCUUUGUCA